AUGCCACUCUCAGCUUUAUUUGACAAAUUCUCUAAAUCAAUCAUCUACGUGAAUGGCUCGUUGGCCUUUGUGAUGAAUGUGACGCUCCUGCAUUUCAUCGUUUUUCACAGUAAAAAACACAUGGGCACAUAUAAAUAUCUGAUGUUGUGCUUCUCGGCUUUCAAUCUUCUUUAUUGCACCAUGCACAUCGUAGUCAUGCCGAAUUUCCAUGCAAAAGGUCGAGGAUUUGUGGUGAUUCCGACAUCGUUUCUCAAAUUUUCAAUGAAAGCUGGUUAUUGGGGAUGUCUGAUGUACGGAUGUCUCUUCAUUCAGAGCCUCGUCCUACUCGCUUUCCAUUUUGUGUAUCGCUAUCUUUUGAUUUGCAAAAACGAUUGGCUUUUUGUCUUCAACUCGUGGAAGUACGUGCCAAUCCAUUUCUCGAUCUGGUUAACGGUCGGAAUACUUUGGAUUAUAUUUGUGGGCAUUUACAUGUAUCACGGAGAAAUUCUUACGGGUUAUUUUCAAUACGAACUUUGGGAAAUUUAUCGAGUCGAUUUGAAUAAAACGCCUAGUUUAGGACCAUUAUACAAGUACCCAAAUGCUCUUGGAGUUGAGGUCUGGGAUUGGGGUGUGCUGAUGGCUUCCGGAAUCUGUGUGUCAGAGAUGUGCGCCUCGUUUUCGGUGAUUCUGUUUUGUACAUGGAAAAUCCAUCACUUUUUCGAGACCUCUGCCAGCACAAUGAGCGACAAAUCGAGGAGUCUGCAAAUGCAACUUUUCAGAGCUUUGCUCAUUCAAACAGUGAUUCCGGUGAUUUUCGAGUACAUCCCUUGUGCUCUGAACUUCGGUUGUCCAUUUCUCGGCAUUCCAUUCGGAAGAGGGGCCAAUUUCACUCCAAUUCUCGUCUCAUUUUAUCCCGUUCUCGAUCCGAUGAGUCUCCUCUAUUUCAUCAAAGAUUAUCGAUAUGCUCUAUUCAAAAAACUUCGAUUAAAAGAUCGAUCAAUCUCUGACAGUUCAUCAAAAAAACGAGCCUCAGCCUAUACUCCCCAACAAACCAUCUCUACAACGGAGACAGCAGCUUUAAAU